GGCUAGGCUGAGCUGGGCUAUAUUGAGGACAUAUAGUGGAUCUGUGUAGUAAAUAUUAUGUGAAGGAGUGUCUCAGGGAAGACUCUGUUUCUCAAACUAACUGGAUUAGGAGCUGGAACAUACUGGACCUGUUUUUCUUUACUAACUAAAGACAGAGUUUUAAGUGAGGGCAUGCUGGAAGAGAGACAAUAGAGAAACAAAUAGAGAGUCAACACUGGAGAAUUGCUGGAGCAGAGACCACGUAAAGACUGAUUUCUAGCUCAGCUCCCCUCACUCUCCAUGGAAUCAGUAUGGUGGGACUCCCCCUGCCUCUGACCUCCCACACUGGGGUGAUGUGAGUCUGCUGUGUGGGUCCUGUUUAGCUCGGUUCAGUUCCACUUAGUUCGGUUUGGCUCGGUUCCGUUUGGCUUGCUUAGACAGGCUGUCUAUAACACUGACCCAUACCCCUGCUCCAUUUGCAGGUUCUGUGUCUCUGGAACCCCUGACCCUUAACCCCUGAACCUAGGACAGGUUCUGGUCCAGUUUUGCGAAAUUACUGGACUGAACAGACUUGAUCAGUAUUUCAAGUCUUGAUGAUUUUUAUUUUCUGGAAACUCUACCCCUGAUCUGGGACUGAUCCUGGUUCUGCUGAGAUCUAUUCUGUGUUCCGGAGGACUGGUUCUUCAGGGACCUGUCUGGCCUCUCUCUCCCCAGGAUCAUGGCCUCUUUCUGGGGCAUGGUGGUGUUGCUGUGUGGGGUGGUGGUUCUCUCUGAAGCACAGAAGACGAAGAGCAAUGUACCCCGGCUAAAACUCUCUUAUAAAGAGAUGUUGGAGUCUAAUAACUUGAUGACGUUUGAGGGCCUGGCCAAUAGCGCCGCUUACCACACGUUCCUAUUGGACGAGGAGAAGGGUCGUUUGGUGGUGGGAGCCAAGGACCACAUCUUUUCCUUCAACCUGGUCAACAUCAGCAGAGACCUGGCACAGAUCCCAUGGCCUGCCUCCACCUCCAGAAGAGAUGAGUGUAAAUGGGCAGGGAAGGACCUCAUGAGGGAAUGCUCUAACUUCAUCAAGGUGUUGCAGCCGUUUAACCAGACCCAUCUGUAUGUAUGUGGAACCGGAGCCUUCCACCCUAUCUGUGCCUACCUGGAGGUGGGGAAGAAACUAGAGGACAGUGUGUUCAGGCUGGAGCCCCUGAUAGAGAAUGGUCGAGGGAAGAGCCCUUAUGACCCCAAGCUGCUCACAGCGUCCAAGCUCAUCGAUGGUGAGCUGUAUUCUGGGACGUCAGCAGACUUCAUGGGGCGGGAUUUUGCCAUCUUCCGUACGUUGGGACAGCAUCACCCCAUCAGAACUGAGCAACACGACUCCCGCUGGCUGAACGACCCCAGGUUUAUGAGUGUCCAUCUGAUCCCAGAGAGUGACAACCCUGAGGACGACAAGAUCUACCUGUUCUUCAGAGAGAAUGCUAUGGAUGGGGAACAAACAGGGAAGGCUACACAUGCACGCAUCGGACAGCUCUGCAAGAAUGACUUUGGAGGCCACAGGAGUUUGGUGAAUAAGUGGACUACCUUCUUGAAGGCCAGACUGGUGUGUUCUGUACCUGGACUCAAUGGCAUAGACACACACUUUGACGAACUACAGGAUGUGUUUCUGAUGAGCGCUAAGGAUCCUAAGAACCCCACCAUCUAUGCAGUGUUCACUACAUCCAGUAACAUCUUCAAGGGUUCAGCAGUGUGUCUGUACAGCAUGGCAGACAUCAGAAGGGUGUUUUUAGGUCCCUAUGCCCACAGGGACGGCCCUAACUAUCAGUGGGUUCCCUUCCCGGGACGGGUACCAUACCCACGACCCGGCACGUGCCCCAGCAAGACAUUCGGAGGAUUUGAUUCGACAAAGGACUUGCCUGAUGAUGUCAUAACAUUUGCGAGAGGACACCCAGCGAUGUUUAACCCUGUGUAUCCCAUCAACAACCGACCAAUCAUAGUCAAGACGGACACGGACUACCAGUUCACACAGAUAGUGGUGGACAAAGUGGAGGCUGAGGACGGACAGUAUGACGUCAUGUUCAUAGGCACAGAUAUGGGUACAGUGCUAAAGGUGGUGUCCAUCCCCAGAGGGUCCUGGCAUGACCUGGAGGAGGUUCUACUAGAGGAGAUGACUGUGUUCAGGGAGCCAACUGCUAUUACAGCGAUGGAACUCUCUACAAAGCAGCAACAGUUGUACCUAGGCUCAGAGCUGGGCGUUUCCCAGAUGCCUUUGCAUCGCUGUGAGGUGUAUGGGAAGGCGUGUGCUGAGUGCUGUCUAGCUAGAGACCCUUACUGUGCCUGGGAUGGGACCGAGUGCUCACGAUACUUUCCCAUGGCCAAGAGAAGGACAAGGAGACAGGACAUCAGGAAUGGAGACCCUUUAACCCAGUGUUCAGACCUGCAGCAUCAUGAUAACCUGAAUGGGCAGCCCACGGUGCUGGAUAAGAUAAUGUAUGGAGUGGAGAACAGCAGUACAUUCCUGGAGUGUAGCCCCAAGUCCCAGAGAGCACUCACCUACUGGCAGUACCAACGAGUCAACGACGACAGUAGACAAGACAUCAAAGCAGAGGAUCGUUUUGUCCGUACGGAGCAGGGCCUGCUGAUCCGCACAUUGAACAAGAAGGAUUCUGGGACGUAUGUGUGCCAGGCUGUAGAACAUGGCUUCAUGCAGACUCUCCUAAAGGUUAGCCUGGAAGUCAUCGACACUGAACGCCUCGACGAUCUCAUUCACCGUGAUGACGAAACCGCCACACACACCGCUGCCACACACACCACUGCCUGGGACACACCCCCAGCCCGGGAAUCGCCCAAUCAGAAGCUAUGGUACCGUGACUUCCUGUCGUUAGUGAACCACCCGACCCUGAACAGUGUGGAUGAGUUCUGUGAGCAGGUGUGGAAGAGGGAGAAGAAGCAGAGGAGGCAGAAAGCACACCUAGCCCAACAGGUCCAGCUACACCACCAGCAGCAGCAGCAGGGCCUCGUGCACGCUCACACCCACGUGAACGCCCAUGGGCUGGCGGCCAAGUGGAAACACCUGCAGGAGAGGCAGAAAGGCCGCAACCGCCGGACCCACGAACUGGAGAGAGCCCCCCGCAGCGUCUGACCUCGCACCUUCUGAAUCCCAUGACCACCCCCCGACCCCCAAACCCCAAUCCAUGUACCCUGUUCUCAUCCUCAGACCCCCUCUGAACCUCCUCCCCUGCCUCGUCUCCCUUUACAGAGAUAAAGACUCAUUCCACACUGACUUUGUACAGAGAAUCUCAACUGGAAAUAAAGGCAAUAUCUAGCCCUGGUCUGUGUGUGUAGGCUGCAUGGGCACCCAUGUUUACAGUGACACGGCAUAGAGGCAAAGGAUGUUACAGGACACCAGAUGAUACAGUACUAUUCUAUUAUCUCAGCUGGCCGUUGUAGCCCCAGCACCAUGUAGGGACAGUGUCAGCCAACAUGAGGACUGGACUCCAUGUACUACAGAAUAACCUAUUGAAAACAUGGCUCUGUCUCCAGUGUAGUGUAGCUUUGUUUGUUAGUCAUGUCUCAUCGUUGUUGUCCACCCAGAUAUAAUAGGUAGCUUCCCCUAACAACCACUAUCUUGGAACAAGGGAUGAUAGUGUUUGAUGAAAUGAUGGAGCAGGGAUGGACCUCAUGUGUAUCACAAGGACAAUAACUACAUACAGGUCAUGUAAAGCACAACGGUUUGAUGGUGAGUGGAUUCUAUGAGAUAUGAAGAGUCCUAAGCAGAGAGGACGCAUGAGUACUGCAAGAUACUUCAGAGUAGCUAUGGAUUUAUAACUAAUGAUGUUAUUCUAACUUAAAUCAGACAUGUAAAUAUGCUUUGAUACAUCCUCGUACUAAAGGGAAUGGUUUGCGGUUAUCUUGUUACAUGAUGUUGUUUCCCCAUAAACAAAUGUAUUUAACAAAAGGUGAUUUUGUUUUUCCGAAAGCAGUAGGUUAAUAAAGUAUCCAACAUGGUUAUGAAAGUUACUGUGUUAAGUGUAUAGAUAAGCUCUUCCAAGACACAAAUGUUUUAACGUUUUAUUUUAAUGUUUAUCUUUCUGAUUUGCUCAGAGCCCUAUAUAAGUAUUUGUUACAUAGUUGAAGUUGACUUUAUUUUCUUUAUUUUAUGUUUAGUCCAACCACUGCAUCCCAGCUUAACUAAAACUUGUCUCUGCAUCGACUCUGUCACAUGUUGUUUGAUUGAAUCAAUUGAAACAAUUUGCAUACAAAACUUGUUUUCACCACAUACAGUGCCUUCAGUAUUCAUGCCCCUUGACUUAUUCCACAUUUUGUUGUGUU